AAAAAUCAAACGAAAAAAAAGUUAAAGCGUCAAGCUGCCAUUUUGCUUGUAAAAUACAAGAAAAUUUUAGUCUAACGUAAAAAUUGUGGUGUUUCCUAGUGAUUAUUUUGUAUUUUUACAAAUUGGAAUCGAAAUAAACACAAAAUGGCAGCUAGCGACUCCGGAACGGAUGAGUCACUUUAUCCGAUUGCUGUAUUGAUAGACGAACUCAAGAACGAAGAUGUCCAACUACGCUUGAAUUCUGUGAAGAAACUUUCAACCAUUGCCCUCGCUUUGGGCGUGGAGAGGACACGAUCGGAGCUCAUUCCCUUCCUAUCUGAAACUAUUUACGACGAGGAUGAAGUGCUACUUGCGCUUGCCGAACAACUCGGUAACUUUAUAAACCUGGUUGGUGGUGCGGAAUAUGCUCACUGCUUGCUGCCACCGCUAGAGUCUCUCGCUACGGUCGAGGAGACGGUGGUCAGAGACAAGGCGGUUGCGUCUCUCCGUGCUGUCGCUGCUCACCACUCCCCGCAGGCUCUGGAACAGCAUUUCGUACCACUUGUGGAGAGACUCGCUCAUGGUGAUUGGUUCACAUCGAGGGCCUCAGUAUGUGGACUAUUCAGCGUCUGCUACCCUCGCGUCUCCGCACCCGUCAAGGCCGAGCUUCGGGAGCACUUCAAGUCUCUCUGCCAGGACGAUACGCCGAUGGUGCGCCGCGCCGCCGCCUACAAGCUCGGCGAGUUCGGCCGCGUGAUGGAAGUGGAGUAUGUGAAGAGCGAUCUGAUACCCAUGUUCGUGCAUCUGGCACAGGAUGAGCAAGACUCUGUCCGUCUGCUGGCCGCGGAGUCGUGCGCCUGUGUGGCCGCGCUGCUGCCGCCGGAGGACAUGGAGCAGCUGGUGAUGCCGACAGUCCGCGCCCGAGCCGGCGACACCUCCUGGCGCGUGCGGUACAUCGUGGCCGACAAGUUCGUUGAGCUGCAGCUGGCUGUUGGUCCGGAGCUGGCGCGGUCUGACCUCGCGCAGAUCUUCCAGGGACUGCUUAAAGAUACCGAGGCGGAGGUUCGCGCGGCCGCCGCUGGCAAAGUGAAAGACUUCUGCAUGAACUUGGACAAGGCACACCAGGAACACAUCAUAAUGACCAUGAUCCUGCCGCAGAUCAAGGAUUUAGUCUGCGACCCCAACCAACAUGUGAAGUCCGCUCUGGCCUCUGUCAUCAUGGGACUCAGCCCCAUCGUUGGACGCCAGAACACCAUCGAAAACCUCCUGCCCCUAUUCCUCACACAACUGAAGGAUGAAUGCCCUGAAGUCAGACUGAACAUAAUCUCCAACCUCGAGUGUGUAAACGAAGUCAUUGGAAUCCAACAACUCGUGCAAUCUCUUCUGCCGGCCAUUGUGGAGUUAGCUGAAGACACAAAAUGGCGCGUGCGACUUGCCAUUAUAGAACACAUGCCCUUAUUAGCCGGACAGCUCGGCCAGGAAUUCUUCGAUGAGAAACUCACAGGACUCUGCAUGUCGUGGCUCAUAGAUCAUGUGUAUGCCAUAAGGGAAGCCGCCACACUGAACCUUAAGAAAUUGGUCGAACAGUACGGAGCAGCCUGGGCCGAGACCAACGUCAUACCCAAAGUAUUAGCCAUGUCCCGCGAACAGAACUACCUACACCGAAUGACUUAUCUGUUCUGCAUCAAUGUCCUCUCCGAAGUGUGCGGCAAAGAUAUUACAACCCGAGUCCUCCUGCCCACCGUCUUGUCUAUGACCGACGAUAAUGUUGCCAACGUCAGAUUCAACGUAGCCAAGACACUCCAGAAGAUGGCACCGUACCUCGACCCAGCGGUCAUUCAGCCCCAAGUUAAGCCAGUCUUGGAGAAGUUGAACGUAGAUCCAGAUGUUGACGUAAAAUACUUCGCUUCAGAAGCCAUCGCUGGGAUUGCCGGCUAAGCGGUGUUUAGUGUAAUAUUAAUUCUAUACUUAAAUCUAAAAAUUUUUACAAUAUGUUCCAUUCCAGUGUCAACGGCCAUAUAUUUAUGGAAUGUAUAGAGGUAGUCAAAGACUAUAAAAUAGCUUGCCACCUAGACAUUUAAGACCCAAUUUCACCUACGACUGUUAAAGUUAACCAUCAAAUUAAUUU